AUGCUGAGAAUAGUUACAUUUGUAGCAAUAUUGAUUGCUGUAAAUGCGGGGGCCUCGAGCUCAGAACGAGCUAAACUUCUGGAAGACCCAAAGGGUACCCAAAUCAACACAAAAGAUUUGUUUCUCAAACAAGAAAAAGAAAGAGCUGUAAAUGGAAAUGAAAAUUUAAGUCUGGUGGAUCUUUCGAAAAAAGCUGCGGAAGGAUUCGAAGGUAUCCAAGAUGAAUUUGACGAAGAAAAUGAGAUUGAUCCCGAUGAUAUCCAAGAUGAAUCUGAUGUAGAAAAUGACAGUGAUUCUGAUGAUUUUGAAGAUGAACCUGGCGAAGAAGGUGACGAUGAUUCCGAUGAUUCCGAUGAUAUCCAAGAUAACUCUAACGAAGAAGAUGACGGUGAAUCCGAAAGUUUCCAAAAUGACUUUGAGACUGAACACGUUGUUGGAAAUUCUUUAGAGUCCUCUUUGUCUCAGCUUAAUGAUAUGAUAAAGAAAGCUAAUCCAGGAUCACCAGAAGAGGCUUCCAAGAGAAGUUUUGAAGAUAAGGAUAUGAUCGAUGGGGACAUUAAACUAGACGAAGAGUCUGCUGCGGAACUUGUAGAUUUUUACAAGAGAAAUCCACAGUACCUAAGUCUUGACAGCAAUGUCACAAGUGCCUCUGUGGGCAUAGCUCUUCAUGAAAUAGGACACGCUCUUGGUUUUUAUCAUGAACAAAGCAGACCUGACAGAGGUAAAUACGUUAUCAUUAAGAAGGGAAACAUCCGACUGGGCAAAAAAAGAAAUUUCUUCAUCAGACCAUCUAGAACCUACGGUACUAAUUACGACUAUGGAUCAAUCAUGCACUAUAGCGAAGAGGCCUUUGCCAAAAAAAGUGGUUUAAGAACAAUCAUCGCCAAACAACGUCAUUAUGGGCGGACAAUGGGCCAAAGAAUUGGUUUAUCGUUUGAUGACAUCAAAGCUGCCAACUUCCACUACUGUCAGAGUAUGCCUAACAUUCAAAAUACUUUACACAGAGAAACUCUACGUCAUGUGGAAAUCGGUAUAGAUAUGCGACAUCGAGUUAUAAAUCACUGGAGUCACCUGGGUAUCCCUCUCCCGGAUAUACAUCAGCAGCAAAGUGUUCAUGGAGAAUCAGGGUAA